AAAAAUAGAUUCCUAAUGGAACGUUCGCUUAUAUAUUAUUUCAAAAACCUCUUCUCCAAUAUAUAUAGGGCCGAAGAUUUGGACCAUGUUGUGUUCAGAAUGGGCGUUCUGUCGGUACUGCGUUCGCUGAAAUGCAACGGGCAGACAAUCGGCCUGAUGAUUACUGCGUCACACAACCAGGAGGCCGACAACGGCGUCAAAGUGGUCGACCCGCUGGGCGAAAUGUUGGAGCCGGCCUGGGAGGAGCUGGCCACUGACUUGGCGAACGUGGCUGACGACCAGUUGGACGCUGUGGUCGGUCAGAUUGCUGACAGCCAACACAUCGACCUGUCCAAGACGGGGUCGGUGUUCAUCGGCCGAGAUACUAGACCAAGUAGUGAUUCGCUAGCAAAGGCAGCAUUGGCAGGUAUUGCAGCGAUGUCAGGCGUUGUCAAGGAUUACGGCAUUGUGACCACACCCAUGCUGCACUAUUAUGUCACCUGCCAAAACACACACGAAGCCUACGGCAAGCCAACAGCUGACUCCUAUAUCAAGAAGAUUUGCAGUGCCUUUCUGAAACUGCGGGGUCAAACUCAUGAAAAGGGCAAUUACAAACCAGAAAUCGAAUUCGAUGGAGCAAAUGGAGUCGGAUCAGUUAUUGUAAAGGAUUUUGCACAAGCUAUUGGUGAUGCUCUCAAAAUCAAUGUACACAAUGAUCGAGUCAACGAAGUUGGAGUAUUGAAUAAAGAGUGUGGAGCCGAGUUUGUGAAGACACAGCAGAAGCCUCCGAAGGGUGUGGAGCCGGCUGCCAACGCUCGAUGUGUGUCGGUGGACGGGGACGCUGAUCGUGUUGUCUACUACUAUCUGGACCAAAACAAUAAAUUCCAUCUGCUCGACGGAGAUCGUAUCGCUACUCUAGUUGCAGGCCACAUAAUGGAGAUUGUCAAAAAGACAGGACUUGAAGUGAAAAUUGGUCUUGUUCAGACCGCAUAUGCCAAUGGCAGUUCAACCACUUACAUCUCUGAAAAAUUGAACGUUCCGGUUGCUUGUGUGUCGACUGGCGUGAAGAAUUUGCAUCGUAAGGCGGUGGAAUUCGAUAUUGGCAUCUACUUCGAGGCGAACGGCCACGGGACGGUUGUUUUCAGUGACAACGUCAAGGACCAACUCGACAGACAACUCACUAACCCCAGUUCGUCGAAGAGCCAAUUGGCUGCUAUGAAAGAGCUGGCUCUGCUCAUCAAUGUGAUCAACGAGACGGUGGGAGACGCGUUGUCCGAUAUGCUGCUUGUUGAAACAGUGCUGCACGCCAGAGGCUGGGAUGUUCACGAGUGGCUCAACACUUACCAGGAUCUCCCCAACAGACUGUUGAAAGUUGUUGUCAAGGACAGAAAUGUUAUAGAAACGACGGACGCCAACCGGAAAUGCACCUCUCCAGCAGGUGUUCAAGACGCAAUCGAUGAGGUGGUCAACAAAUUCAAGAAUGGACGCUCUUUCAUUAGAGCAUCAGGGACUGAAGACGUGGUACGUGUAUACGCUGAGGCCGACACUCAAGAGAACGCCGACCAACUGGCUAACCUCGUGAAGAAGAUUGUUGAGGACAUGGCUGGUGGAAUCAAUCAAUAGAAUCAAUCAAUGGAAUCAAUCAAUAGAUUCAAUCAAUGGAAUCAAUCAAUGUGCAUAUCAUAUAUUUCCCAGUUUCUAUCAGAUACGCUUUUGCAAAGGUGGCUGUGCUUGGUAAAUAAUAUAAUAAAUUGCCCUUAGUUUUUGGCAAUGUUCCAUUAUCACAAGUAUAGAAUAAACAUAUUUUUUAUUUUUUU